UUACAAAGGUAGGUUGGAGAGAGAGAGAGAGAUCCGUACCAAUCAAAUUGUAUCAGACAGCAGUGUGGUUUGUGCGAGGAAAUAUAGAGAAAAAAGACACACCGCGCAAACAAGGAGAAAGCGAGCACCGAGCACCUUCCACUCGUUUCUCUGCCUGUUACUGGCCCACAACCCGAGGCAAAUUUUUGCCCUUUUUCUCUGCUUUUUUAUUGUAUUAGUUUAUUUGAUUUGUUUAAAGUUUCAUGCUGUAGUUAUUCUUUGCUUCCCCAAGUGGGAAACUGUUUGUUGUUGUUGCUGACGAGAGAGAGAGGGAACUUGGAAGGGGUUGGGAAAGUGGAAAUCCCUAUGAGAAACUAGAUUUCUGGGGUUUGACCAAAGUUUGGUGGUGACCCAGGUGAGAAAAACUCUCCUUUUCCAAGUGUUUGUUCCUGUUGCAGAUUUUGAUUUGGUUUUUGGAAACAAUCUGUUGGGUUUUUUAUUUGGGGAUUGGUGUUUUUGAGAAAGUCAUAUAUUUGGACUUGAGAUGAGAUCAUAUCGGGAUCUGUGCUGGGUUAGUUUUGGCUUUUGCAGUUUGUGGAUUUUAAUGUUUAGGGAAAAUUUUGAGAUUUCUCGUUCUGGAUAAGGAAAAAGAUUGAAUUUUUGGGUUCUUCUGCUAUCUAAUUGAGAGAUUAGAACAUAAUUUGAGGGUCUGAAUUUAUCUGUGUUUUUUUGGUUGGUUAGAUUUUGACUCAGGAUUUCAUGGGUUGAAAGUGGAAUGGAAAAAAAAAACAGUGAAUUGAUGGGGAGCUAUGGUGAAGAGCGUGAGGAUCAAUUUUAUGAUACCCGAGAGGACCUUUCUUUGGUUUCGGAUUGGGGUUCAGAUUGCUGUGAGGCGUUUAGUUCUGGUACUCCAGGUUUCUUAAGGUAUGAGGAGGUGUGGGCUAACAACCUGGAAAGUGUUCAUGAGCGCCGCCAUAAGUUCCUGCAGUGGAUGGGUGUAGAUUUGGAUUCGAAUUCGAUGACGACAGAAGACUCAGAAGAUGUCUUUGUUGACAGAAUUAAAAUUAUUGAUAGAAUUAGGGAAGAUAGUGGGGUGGUGUUGAGAACUUGGGGAUUGGAAGAGGCGUCUUGCUCAAGUCAGUCAACAGUGUCUUCUUUGUCAACUGAAGCGCGGGAAUCACUAGGAAAUGGUGCUUUGGAUGAUACACAUUCCACACGUGCAAUGAGGAAUUUGAACGGUGGAAUGACUGUCAUUGUAAGUGAAUUGGUUCAGGAUGGAAGGCUUGGCAGAUUAGGUCAAGCGGGGCUAAAUCAAUUGGUUAAUGGGGAAGUUCUCAGUGCACAGGCACCAUCUCCUUUGAUUCAGCAAUUAUUGCAGAGAGAAGUUGAUAACGCUAGGUUCUUUCUUGAUGCGAAGAAGAAAGUUAAAAGGGGAUGGUUAAGGAAAUUAGGAAAUGGGAUUUGCGUUGCUGAUAAACAUGAGGCUGCGUUGAGCCCCAUCGGUCUUAAAUCUGCGUCAGGGGUAGGGAUGCAAAGAGUCCAAGUUCAUCCAAGUAAAAAGCGGACCAAGGAAUUAUCUUCACUGUAUGCUGGGCAACACUUUUCAGCUCACGAGGGUUCAAUUUUGUCCAUGAAGUUCAGUCUUGAUGGGCAAUACUUGGCCAGUGCUGGUGAAGAUGGUGUCGUUAGAGUGUGGAAGGUGAUUGAGGAUGAGAGAUUCAACCAAUUUGAUAUUGCUUCUGAUCCUUCUUCUCUGUACUUCAAGAUGCAUCCAUUUUCCAAGUUAAACUCUCCAAAUGUGAACAAAGAAAAACAGAGUAAGGCGCAGCAAUUGGGGGGAUCAUCAGAGUCAGCUUGUGUCGUUUUCCCUCCAAAGAUAUUUCGCUUAUUGGAGAAGCCUGUUCAUGAGUUCCGGGGACACGGAGGGGAGGUCUUGGAUCUCUCAUGGUCAAAGAAAGGGUUUCUGCUGUCAUCCUCUGUUGAUAAGACAGUCCGUUUAUGGCAAGUAGGAUGCAACAGAUGCCUAAGAGUCUUUUCUCACAGUAAUUUUGUGACAUGUGUUAAUUUCAACCCUCUGGAUGAUAAUUAUUUCAUCAGUGGUUCAAUAGACGGAAAAGUUCGCAUUUGGGAAAUUAUUCGUUGUCUGGUUAUUGACUAUAUUGAUGUUCGUGAGAUAGUCACUGCUGUAUCUUAUCGUCCUGACGGAAAGGGAGGAAUUGUGGGUUUGAUGACUGGAAAUUGCUGUGUCUAUAACAUCAUAGAUGACCAUCUGGAAUUGGAUGCUCAGAUAAACAUACAGGGCAAAAAGAAGUCACCUGGAAAAAGGAUAACUGGCUUUCAGUUUUCUCCAAGCAACCCAAGCAAAGUUAUGGUGACGUCUGCUGAUUCAGUAGUCCGUAUAAUUUCUGGGAAAGAUAUCGUCUGCAAAUAUAGGGGUCUUCGAAAUGGAGGAAACCAUAUGUCCGCCUCUUUUACCUCAGACGGAAAGCACAUUGUCUCAGCAAGCGAUGAUUCAAAUGUACGCAUCUGGAACUUCAAUAGCCAGGACACAACAUCUUCGCGAUUGAGGAACAUAUGGUCUUGUGAGAGUUUCGUGUCCCACAACUCCAUGAUUGCUAUACCUUGGAAUGGUGUAAACAGCUUGCCGGGAACCCUUCCAUCCCCCAGAUUCAUUGGGGAUUUGCCGCGAAGCAGCCUUGAUUAUCCCCUAAAACAUUACAAUUUGGAUGAGAAAGUAGAACAGAAGUCCUUGCCAAGGGGUACCGCAACUUGGCCCGAGGAGAAACUUGUAAACUCAAGUCCAGUACCCGUUUCCCCAACGAUGUGCAGAUCCGAGUAUAAGUUUUUGAAGAGUGCUUGCCAUAGUAUGUCUGGCUCUUGUCACAUGUGGGGCCUUGUGAUCGUCACCGCCAGCCUGGACGGACGGAUUAGAACAUACCACAAUUACGGAUUACCUAUUCGUCGUUAAGAUCCCUCAGGUGGCAUUUUUUAGGCAGUGGUUUUGCAUCCUUGCAAACACAGCUGGUAAUUGUUAAAUAACCCUUGGUGCUUGUCCAAUGCAGUAUUAUUGACAGUUUGCCGACGACAGCUCUAAGGUGGGUUUACCCAGUGGACAAAGGAUUGUCUGCCCUCCUACUUCCGGUGCCCUUCCAUGGCCUUCUGUUUUGUAUGGUCACGGUUAAGUAUAUCAACAUUUUAUAUUGUUUUUUUAAUAAAGAUAAUAAGACAAAAUGAAUAGUAAUAUAAAAUGUUGACGUGAUUUAACUGUGACUAUACAAGCAGGAGGGCACGGGAGGGCACCAGAAGUGAGAGGGCAGACAAAUCUUGCCCUUACCUAGUUUGUUCCCCUGAAGAUUUCCAAAUGUAUGGUAGUCCAGUCAGGUUGUGCCAGGUGGCGACCGUUUAUCCGGUUCAGCUGCAGUCCCGCCAGGUGGCUGGGGGAUUGGUUUUUAGUUUUUGUUUUGGAUCAUCUUGUACAAGUCAAUUAUAUGAUUCUUUAA